GGCCAGCGGCCGCUAUGGGUUUGUGUGCGGCUCGGCUGGACAGCGCUGGACAGAGGGCCUCUCUCGACGCGGUACCUGUUGCAGCACCCUUCUGGAGCGGAUUACUGACGCACCUCUAAGCCAGUGGACUCGUUUACUGAAGGUCACUUGGGUUUGUUGUUCUCCUCUAACUGCUGCAAAACUACCAAAUAUUACCAGCGAAGGCCGAAGAAAACGUUGGCGCUCGCUGCUUUUGAGUUCCUUCAGUGUUGCUUUGCGUUGCGUGGAUAGAGGGCUGUAGGGGGCAGAGAUGGCGCUGAUGCCCGUGAAGUUCGACCUGGCCAAGCGGGUGAAGCUGGCGCAGGGGUUGUGGCUCCUCUACUGGCUGUCCGUCAUGGCGGGCAUCCUCGUCUUCAGCAUGGGGCUCUUCUUCAAGAUCGAGCUGCGCAAACGCAGCGAGAUGAUGGACAACAACGAGAGCCACUUCGUGCCCAACCUGCUGAUCCUGGCCGGCCUGGUGGCCUGCGGCAUCAACGCAUUCGGUGGCAAGGUGUGCCACGACUCGCUGGACCCCACCAAGUUCGCCAAGUGGAAGCCCAUGCUGAAGAACUACCUGAUGGGCUGCAUCGGCUUCAACGUGUUCCUGUUCGUGGUGGCGCUGCUCUGCUUUCUCAUGCAGUUCCAGCUGUACUUCGCACUGGCCGAGGGCCUGCGCUACAGCAUCAAGUUCUACAAGGACACAGACACGCCUGGACGCUGCUUCAUGAAGAGGACCCUGGACAUGACCCAGAUCGAGUUCCGUUGCUGCGGCAACAACAACUUCAGGGACUGGUUCGAAGUCCAAUGGGUUAGCAACCGUUACCUGGACUUCAGCAACGAGGAGGUUAAAGACCGUGUGCUGAGCAACGUUGAAGGGAAGUACCUGAUGGACAGCGUCCCGUUCAGCUGCUGCAACCCCGGCUCCCCCCGGCCCUGCAUCCAGCACCACCUGACCAACAACACCGCCCACUACGACUACGACCACCACACCGAGGAGCUGAACAUCUGGACGCGGGGCUGCCGCGAGGCCCUGGUCUCCUACUACGGGGGCAUGAUGAACAGCAUCGGCGCAUUCCUCUUUCUAGUCAUCUGUCUGGAGGUGGCCGUGAUGGUGGGCCUGAAGUAUCUGACCACGUCGCUGGAGACCCUGGCCAACCCUGAGGACCCGGAGAGUGAGAGCGAGGGCUGGCUGCUGGAGAAGAGUGUCAAGGAGACCAUGGCAGACGUGACGGCCAAGCUCAAAGCCCUGUGCAGCAGGAACCAGGUGGAGGGGGAGGAGGCUGUUGCUGAGAGCUGAGAGGGCCUGGCCCUGCCCCCACUGGGACUAAGGCCCCUCCCUUCAUCGGGAGAAGAGUUAAUGAAGAGGAACACAUCCUCUCUGUAACACACACACACACAUGCAUAUAUACAAACACACAUCAACAUUCUCCUGUCAAAAGUGAACAAAUUAUUUGUGAUUCUUGCAAGAGGUGAUAACCUGAAAAUGUGAACAUGAAUGUCAAUAUUAUUUAUCCGUUCUGUACAUAUUAAGAGUUAAACAGAUCUAUUUUUCAAAGUAAAGAAAGAUUAUUUUAUUGCAAAGAAGUUAUUAUAAAUUUGAAUGCUAAAAAAUCCCCCUUCCUUCCCCAUGAGCAAGUCCCAGGUCUUAGCCAAGUACAUACAGCUCCCAGAUGCCACCAAUCACGUGGGCUUCACCUCCAGAGUCCUUACACAGUGGAGCGGAUGUUUAACCCGACAGCACGACACACACACACGUACAGCAUUCACAAACACACACACACACACUUUUUAAACCAUUCUAAGCCAUAUUCUUCAUAUGGCGUACCACUGCAAGGCCAGCUACUGGCUGCUUUGGGUGCAACUGCAGCGAUGAUGAUGAUGAUGAUGAUGAUCUGGAUGAUAGACUGCGAGGCUCUUCAGUUUGUUGAGGGGCAGAUGGAGACGUGGCCUUGGUCUCCAAUGGCAGCUCAAUCCGAGGCAGCUGAGGAGAGGGGGCUCUGGGUAGCCCUCCUGACCCCCUCAGGCACUCUCUCUGCUGGGAUAACCUUCUACCAGAGCCCCUGGUCUGUCCAUAGGGCCCAGGAAGGCCCGACCCAUGCAUCAUCUAUGCAGGAUAACAUCCCUGUGGUCACCUGUGAUAGCCAGACCAGAGCAGUCAAUAGGACAAAAACACAUACACACACACACACACACAAGCACACCACCGUAACAAGGAGUGAUACUCUCUUUAAACAACAAGUGUGUGACAGUGUAGAUGUGUGUGUUGUGUUCUCGGGUUAACUAUCACACUCACCAGCGAGGUCUUCAGAUGUCGUCUAGCCAUUUGGUGUUGGGUAUGUGUUGGGUAUGUGUUAAGGUUUGAUUUUCUUUUGUACAAAAUGUCUUUUUCCUUUGGUUGUCUGCAGGCAGUUUGACAGUUCAGUUCUACCAGUUUAAAAGCAGUGAGCCAACAAUAAGAGAGCUUAGUGUUUUAAGGUGACAGCAUGUUUCUAUGUCCAUAAAUUCAAUAUUUUCAGUUCUAUUAUUAUUGUUUUCUUCUGUGUGACAUUUUGGUUUUACGUCUUUGUAAUUUUGACCAGUAAGUCUUUGUGUAACUGAAGAUGUGGGUAUUGAGCAUACGGUCAGUGUGUUGGGUUGGGACACCAGUGUAGCUUCCACAGUGAGUACUAUAAAAAACAGAUGAAAAGUCA